UAUCACUUUCUAAUAGAGUUAGUUUAGUUUGAGCUGAAAUAAGGGAAGAUGGCGCGGCGGAGCUGCUGUGCCACGUCUUGUCAAACGACAAAAGCCACAUUAAAUCCAUUUAACUCUUUCCUAUGUGGUUUUAUUUUCUUUAUAAUUCUUAGCCCUUUAAUCGCCGAAGCCGGGCUGUACACAGCGUCGGAUCAGAUUAUUAUUUUAUCCCCGGAGAAUGUGGACUCCGUGCUUUUUAACUCCGCCGCGGCUCUUCUCGUGGAGUUUUACGCGACCUGGUGCGGACACUGUGUCGCUUUCUCACCCAUCUGGAAAAGCCUCGCCAGGGAUAUUAAAGAAUGGAAGCCUGCUGUUGAUCUGGCUGCUAUUGAUUGUGCCGAUGAAAGCAACAGAAAAGUGUGCACCAAUUUCGGCAUCACCGGAUAUCCCUCUCUGAAGUUCUUCCCUGCUUAUUCAAGCAAUGAGUCCAAGGGCCAGGAGCUCAGAGGAUUUCCAAGGGAUGUGAGAGGCAUUCGACACUACAUUAUUGAUAAGUUGGAGACACACAGCGAGGCUUGGCCACCUGCUUGCCCACCUUUAGAACCGACUAGUGAGGCAGAGAUAGACAGUUUCUUUCAGACCAACAAUGUGAAGCACCUCGCCCUUGUGUUUGAGCGUAAAGACUCCUACGUGGGGAGAGAGGUGACAUUGGAUUUGUUGCAGUAUGAAAACAUAACUGUGCGCAGGGUUUUGGACACAGAGACGAGUUUGGUGUCCAGGUUUGCUGUGACUGAUUUUCCUUCCUGUUACCUGUACAGCUCAUCCGGAAGUAUCACUAGAUUGAAAGUACUCAGUGAAGCUCGAACCUUUUACUCAUACGCCCUCCAGAGGUUGCCAGGGGUAGUGCGGACAGGCAAACCCAAGAUUCCCAUCACUGAGAUUAUCAAGAACUCAACUCUACAGGAAUGGAGGCCGUUUAACAAGACGCGUGUGUAUAUGUCUGAUUUGGAAUCUGCGCUGCAUUACUCUCUGCGUGUAGAGCUGUCUGGACACGUCAGCAUCAGUGGAGACGAUCUGAUUGCACUCAAAAAGUACAUAAAUGUACUGGCUAAGUAUUUCCCAGGUCGUCCAUCUAUAAAGAGUGCACUGAAGAUCGUGGACAGCUGGUUACAACAUCAGGGGACGGAAAUCAAAUACAGCGAUUUUAGAGAUGUCCUGGACAACACAGUGCAAACGAGUGAUGCAGUGUUGCCUGAGGGUGUACAGUGGGUGGGCUGCCAGGGAUCUCAAGCCCAUUAUCGCAGAUACCCCUGUGCUGUUUGGACCCUCUUCCAUGUGCUCACGGUGCAGGCUAAAGAAAUGGGCAGCUCAGACCCUCAGGAAGUGUUGCAAGCGAUGAGAGCUUAUGUCAGCAGUUUUUUUGGGUGCAGGCCAUGUGCAACUCACUUUGAAGGCAUGGCCCAGGAAAGCAUGGAUCAUGUGACCUCGCUGUCCGCCGCUGUCCUUUGGCUGUGGUCUCGCCACAACCGAGUCAACAACCGUCUGGCAGGAGACCUCAGUGAGGACCCCCACUUCCCUAAGAUUCAGUGGCCAUCUCCAGAGUUGUGUCCUAGAUGUCAUGGUUUAAAAAUGACCGGUGAGCACAGUUGGAACCAAGAAGAGGUGCUGACCUUCCUCCGGAACUACUAUUCCUCAUCUCACAUUCUAACAGACUACCUGCAGGACGAGACCCAGGCUCUCAUCCACCAAAGGAACCGACUCACGGCAGCUCGGAUGGAGAAAGAAGCCGGGCGUGGGGCGGAAAGGAGAGCUCGAGAGGUUCUGGACAACCACCCUGCCGAAGAGCCUCAAGAAGAAGAGCAGCAAGAGGAGGAGGAAGAAGAAGAACCAGCACUGGAGGAGCAGGCUGGUGAGCCAUACCCUGCGGGGUUAGAGAGAAUGGGGGUGGGUGAAGUGGACAAGCCUGAUAACAAGGCACCUUGGGAGAAGCCACAACGCCCCCAGUCUCAAAGCAAACCAAAAAUUGUGGGAAUGAAACUACGGGAGCCUCAGGAGAACAUAGUAGACCUGGAUUUAUUUGUCAACCAACAUUAUAAAGCCAAAGCCCUCCGAGCUGCGGCCAUGUCUGGUGUAGUACGACGGAGGAGUCUGAAGAAAAAGGAGGAUGUGGAAGAUCUCCAGUUCGAGGGAGGCUGGAGGGUGAAGAGAGACCUGGGAAGCCAGGAAGAGAACUUCGGUGCUGGGGUCGGGAUGGAGCCAUACCCCAGACCUCAAAACAGGCGCUGGAUGUCCCUGUUGAGCGUGGGAUUCUCCAGGCUGGAUGUGAGCCUGUGCGUGCUGCUGUACCUGCUCUCCACCAUGUGUCUGCUCGCCAUGUACCUGUAUUUUAAAAUGAGGAUAAAGCUACGACGUGCUAAAGUGUCUCUGCCCUAGAGCGCCUGUGGCUAAUGGAGAAACCAACAGCUUCAGCCAAAAUACUGAUGCACAGAAAUUGAGCGUUUACGAAGUACUGUUUUUAAUUUGAUGGUAAUUAAUGCCAAAGUGUUGUUUUACAGACCCUACACUUGUCCAUGAAGGGUUGCUUGUGGUCUAUUUUUUUUUUUUUUUUUUUUCCUUAACUCCUGUGAGUUCUGGUAAAAAAAAAAAAAGAAUCUGCCAAUGGAAUAAUUAUAAUCGUAAUUGAUGUCUUCUAUGUUUUUAUCCUACAAGAGCUAAUUUUUAUGACCACUCAUCGAAUUCUUAAACUUUUUAGCAUAUGCAGUGCACAUCAUUUUUGAAAGCACCAACCAUUUGGUAUAAUUUUCUUGAAAUGGGAAAUUUAGAAAUAUAGAAAUACUUUAUCACAAAAACACUGCAUCUUUAACAUAACCAUUUUUUUAAAGGAAAAUAAUUUACUCCAAAUGCCUUUAUUUUAAUUU